AUGUCUAUCAGUUUCGCAUCGUCGACGUCUGAUUUCGACGCAUACCUUGAACACAACAAAUAUGUACUUGUUAAUUUCACUGCUUCGUGGUGCGGGCCAUGUCAAGCAGUAAAGCCAAUUUUGGAUCAAUUCUAUACAGACUCUACUGGCAAAUACGGUGGGGUCGAAUUCAUAAGGGUAGACUUAGAUUCUCAGAAGUCUUUGGCCUCCAGAUACCAGAUCACCAGUGUGCCUACAUUUAUCUUCGUCGAGGACAAAAAUGAAGUUUCAAGAGUUAAGGGUGCAAACUUGCCAGAGAUAUUAAAGGGCUUGGAUAAGUUGAAUGAAGGAGCCAAAAGAGAUAAUACCAAGAGAAAUGGGUCAGGUUCGUUCGCAUCUAUGUCUGGUGCUACUGUGGCUGGUUCUCUGUUGCUUAAGGACGUGGAGUCUUUCAUCCCCAAGGGAUACGAAGUGCUCAAUGACUUCAUCCACUUUGGCGAAUUUGAAUCGUUGAACGUUCAAACAUACUUCAGAAAGGGCGAAGAUGAUGAUAUCAAGUCUGUAUUCAAGCCGGCUUCCCCAUCGUCCUUGGUGUACACUGAUGCUGAUUCCCAAGGGUUAUUCUACAUCCCCUUCAUGAAUAUAUCCAAGGUAUACUCCAUCUUGCUUAAAGUCUCUGAGAGACCUGAAGAGUACGAAAAUGCCACAUUAGAUUCAGACGAACAGACGCAGAAGCCAUCUUCUAUCAAAAUUUGGUUGAACCAGAAUUCCAUCUUAUCGUUCGAUGAUGCUAACCAAGACAACAACGCACCCCAUAUUGAAGAGAUUACAGAAUUCAACGAAAAGGGCUGGUAUGAAGUGAAGUUGAAGUUUGUCAGAUUCCAGAAUGUACAAUCAUUAAAUAUCUUCAUCGAGGGUGAAGAUGAGGACGACCACACUCUUGUUGAAAAGAUUAUUGUUGUUGGACUCAAUGGAGAGCUGAAGGAUCAAGGAAAGAUUCUGAAACUUGACGAUGACGAGUAA